AUGGAAGAUGGACAUUUAGAAGGUGAGGAAAGCCCUAUGGACGUCAGCCAUCCUGGUGAUGACGAGGACGAGGGCGAUCAUUUUGGUGUCGAGGAGCCGGAUUUCUUUGAGCUGGGAAAGAACACAAGCGGGGAGUCACUCAUCGACGCACUUGAUGAGAUCCGCCACUUCCCCCAACCGGAUACAGUUUCAUCAAUGAUCCCAGUGUGGCUAUACGUUCCACAAAGACCAGAAGUUCUUCAGCAACUUGUGCAAUUGAACCACGCAUUUGUCAUGUUGACUAAGGGAUCAUACGACCUCAUCGGAUAUCUAGCUGAUCACUACCAGAUCAGUCCAAUCUAUUGUGACACCGCUUUAAAGCAGGGUCAACCUUGGCUUCAUCAACUUUACCAGAUUGGGUGGCUGAUUCUCGAGGAGGCGGAUACCACUCAGCUUGUUCUUCAUGCUUUAUUCCACAUGACGAAGAGAGAACCUAGCCAGCCGGUGGUGCUUAUAUCAGUGCGAUCAGCUCCACUUAUUGUAGACCUAAUUCCCAAGGUGUUCCACUGCCAACGUGGUCGAUCAGUUCAAUUCCACCCUGCACCAUUUCCGUACGGUUAUCCGCCCCCUGCAUAUCCCACUGCCACCCCAACAGCACAAUCUACGUCCGAGGCCCAGGCCUCCUCCUCAAAUAUUGUCGAGACAUACCCCUUAGAUACACCCCUGUCCUCCGAUGCAUUCUCUACCAUUGACCUCCAGCCCAU